AUAUUACUAAAAUACAUAAAAGUGUAUAAAAUAGAAACGAAGGAAAUAUUUAUAUAGUAGAGAUUCGUACAAGCCAAGGUCUUAGUGAAAGUAAACUUCGCUUACUGUUGGAUAUUUGUAAGGUCAAUUUAAAACAAGUCAAUUGUUUCUUUUUUAUUUUUCAAAAUACAAGAAGCUUCUACACACACACAUAUAUAUACUUCAAUAUACAAAGUAAGAAAAAUGCCUUCCGUACGUAAAUAUCGACGCGAAACCACUGAAAUAAGCUGUUGCUUAAAAUACCUACUCUUCAGCAGCAACGUAGUUGUUUGGACGCUAGGGUUGUGUGUGCUGGCCGUUGGUAUUUGGGCCUGGAAUGAAAAAGAUAUGUUCAGUAAUUUGGCAAAACUGACAUUCAUAGCAUUGGAUCCAGCUUUUGUACUAAUUUGCACGGGCACAAUAACAUUCAUAAUUGGCUUUACUGGGAGUGUUGGUGCGCUACGAGAAAAUACCUGCCUCUUAUCACUGUAUGCACUGUUUCUGUCGCUGCUGCUGACGUUUGAAAUUAGCUUGGGCAUACUAACUUUCGUGCUGAAGGAUAAAGGUUGGAUAAAAGAUCAAGCUACCGAAGGAUUGCGCGCCUUUAUAAUUCACUAUCGUGAAGAUCCAGAUCAGCAAAACCUAAUCGAUUGGAUACAGGAAGAUUGGUUGCAGUGUUGUGGCAUUGAUGGCCCAAAAGAUUGGGACAGUAAUAACUACUUUAAUUGCUCAUCGAGUGCGAUAGGCAGUCGGGAAGCGUGUGGCGUGCCAUUUUCAUGCUGCCGAAGACGUCCAACGGAAAUAAUUAAAAACAAACAAUGUGGAUAUGAUGUGCGCAAAGAGGGAUACCCGGUGGAGCGUCAUAUCUAUGAGCGUGGUUGUUUGCGUGCUGGCGAAGAUUGGUUGGAGGCGCACCUAAUAAGUGUGGCGACAUCCUGCAUAUGUAUACUAAUAGUGCAGAAUUAUGAAAUAUCAAAAAUCAUUUACGAAAAAGGCUGUGUACAAGCAGGUGAAGAAUGGAUUGAGCGUAAUUUAAUUAUAAUUUCAACCAGCGUUAUUAUACUUAUUUUCAUACAGAUACUUGGCAUUUGCUUUACACAAAAUCUUCGAGCUGAUAUAAAUGCUCAAAAAUCGAAAUAUCACUGACAAAUACCAUCCUCUGCGGCUUGCAACGGCGCGCCGCCACCGCCCACUGCCAUUUAGGACGUCUACAAAUCUCAUUUUUACACAUGGGUAUAGCUUAGGAAAAUGAGUGAUAAGAGUGAAAAGGAGUAGGCAAAUGCAAAGUAAACUAAUUAAACGGUUAAACGUAAGCUUUAAACUUUGGACUAUGCUUCAAUUGUGAGUUACAUACAUACAUGCAUACAUAAAUAACUACAGUAUAUAAAUAUUAUAAAACAAAAAAAAUAUUUUGCUAUGAAUUUAGAUUUAUUUUCAUAUUAUUUUUCUAGCUAAACUAACACAUAAUACUCUUCUCUUUAGACUGUCUAUCAUAUACAUUCCGACAAGUAUUGUUUUCAUUUUAACAAACAUAUAUAAUUUCCAAUAUAUUUUUGCAAGUCAAACUCAAAUUACAGCUGUGAUAACUAUUUUUGUUAGCUUUCAAAAAUACUCACAAAAUGUAACAAAACACACACUUGACAUUUAACAAAGAAACUCAAACUACGAAGCAAAUAAUUUAUUAUAUACAUACAAAACUUGUAAAUGCUACAUACAUACAAAGCUAACACUUACAUAUACAUAUAUAUUUUUUUUUUGAAACAACUUUAAAGUACUACUAAAAAUUUAUUAUGUACCGCAUACUGUAAAACCUGAUAUACUCUUUUGUUGCAAUUUUAACGCAAUAAGUGUAUUAAUCUUAUAUACAUACAUACAUACUAUUAGUCCAGAAAAAAAUAUGUACUGCAUAAAUAAAUGUCUAUUUUGAAUACACUCGUCCUUAUGUGGCUGGAGCGUAGUGUAUUUUUCGCGAUAGAAAAAAUGCGCUUGCGGCCAUCUAACUAUUUAUCAGCAAAGUCAAGUGAAGACUAAAUGUGUUAACGCUCUAUUCAAUAUAAAAGUCUCAAAGAAAUGUUAUUAUAGGAAGAAUUAGUCGUAUGAUUAAAUAUUUAAAUCAUAAGAGAACAAAAACGUACUUGUAAAAAAUAAUAUAAGUUAAAAGACUAACAACCGCAAAUCUAGUUAUUUUGUGAAAAUAUGAAAAUACAGACAUAAAUAAAUAUAUAAAAAUG